GGAGGUCGGGGUCCCGCAGGAAAGCCGCUGGGCGGUGCGGCCUCGGGGUCAGCUCCUCGCCGCCCCCGCACCGGGGCCCUCGGGAAAAGUAGAGCUCACCCGGAGGAAGCAGCCGAGGAGGGAGCCCCUUCUGUGGACGCACGCCGUGGGCGCUGCCUGAGCUGCCCGGGACUGUGGAGGGCCUGGAGGGCGUGUUGGUUGUGUUCCCCCGACGGCCGCAGAACUGCAGGCCUGGCGCGCUCCUGGCCCCCUCGGGAACGGCUCUGUCGUCUCCCCUCGGCUGUGUACGACCCCAAGUGCAGCUCCGGCCUGGCCGAGCGGUGGGGGUGAGGCCUACACGCUGCUUUGAAAACAGUUUGAUAGUUUCACAGUUGGAACAUUCUCCUUGAGUUAAAGAUUUGAGACGUUGGGAAGUCCAUAUAAAAGCUUGUGGAGAAAUUUGGAGAUUCUAAAGGACCACUUCCAUUUAGUAAUUUGUGUAUAAUCAGUGCAAGCGAAAUUAAGGAAAAAUGGAUGUAGAAAAUGAGCAGAUACUGAAUGUAAACCCCACUGAUCCUGAUAAUUUAAGUGACUCUCUCUUUUCUGGUGAUGAAGAAAAUACUGGCACUGAGGAAAUAAAGAAUGAGAUAAAUGGAAAUUGGAUUUCUGCAUCCUCUAUUAAUGAAGCUAGAAUUAAUGCUAAAGCAAAAAGACGACUACGGAAAAACUCCUCCCGGGACUCUGGCAGAGGCGAUUCAGUCAGUGAUAAUGGCAGCGAAGCAAAUAGAAGUGGAAUAACUGUGCCCACCAGUCCAAAAGGAAGGUUGCUAGAUAGGCGUUCCAGAUCUGGGAAAGGAAGGGGGCUGCCAAAGAAAGGUGGUGCAGGAGGCAAGGGUGUCUGGGGUCCACCUGGACAGGUGUAUGAUGUGGAGGAGGUGGAUGUGAAAGAUCCAAACUAUGAUGAUGACCAGGAGAACUGUGUUUAUGAAACUGUAGUUUUGCCUCUGGAUGAGACAGCGUUUGAGAAGACUUUAACACCAAUUAUACAAGAGUAUUUUGAGCAUGGAGAUACGAAUGAAGUUGCGGAGAUGUUAAGAGAUUUGAACCUUGGUGAGAUGAAAAGCGGAGUGCCCGUGUUGGCAGUGUCCUUAGCAUUGGAGGGGAAGGCCAGUCACCGAGAAAUGACAUCCAAGCUGCUUUCGGACCUUUGUGGGACAGUAAUGAGUACAAAUGAUGUGGAAAAAUCAUUUGACAAGUUGUUGAAGGAUCUGCCUGAAUUAGCAUUGGAUACCCCUAGAGCACCACAGUUGGUGGGUCAGUUUAUUGCGAGAGCUGUUGGAGAUGGAAUCUUAUGUAAUACCUAUAUUGAUAGUUACAAAGGAACUGUAGAUUGUGUACAGGCUAGAGCUGCUCUGGAUAAGGCUACUGUGCUCCUGAGUAUGUCUAAAGGUGGAAAGCGCAAAGACAGUGUGUGGGGGUGUGGAGGUGGGCAGCAGUCUGUCAAUCACCUGGUCAAAGAGAUUGAUAUGCUGCUUAAGGAGUAUUUACUCUCUGGAGAUGUAUCUGAAGCUGAACACUGCCUGAAGGAACUGGAAGUACCUCAUUUUCACCAUGAGCUUGUAUAUGAGGCCAUUGUAAUGGUUUUAGAGUCAACUGGAGAAAGUGCAUUCAAGAUGAUCUUAGGUUUAUUAAAAUCCUUGUGGAAGUCGUCUACCAUCACCGUAGACCAAAUGAAAAGAGGUUAUGAAAGAAUUUACAAUGAAAUUCCAGAUAUCAAUCUGGAUGUCCCACACUCAUACUCUGUGCUUGAGAGAUUUGUGGAGGAAUGUUUUCAGGCUGGAAUCAUUUCUAAACAACUUCGAGAUCUUUGUCCAUCAAGGGGAAGAAAGCGUUUUGUCAGUGAAGGAGAUGGAGGUCGUCUUAAACCAGAGAGCUACUGAGCACAGGAACUCUUACAGCCUUAGGUGUUACAGAGUACAGACCUGAAUUGUAAGAGUUGAUAGCACAGGGUUUUUUGUUUUGAUUUUUUUUUUUUUAUUAAGAAUUUGUUUUGGGUACAAGGCAUUUCUGAAAUUUUAUAAACUUACAUUUAAUGGGAAUUUUUGAAGGAAGUAUUUUCUUUUUCUUUUUUUUAUUUCCUUUGAGGGGAAAUUAAAGGAGGGAUAGAAGAGUAACCACUUCAUUGUGGACUAUACUGAUAAGCUACUUUUUCUAAGUGCCAUGUUUAUGACCUAAUCAUUCCAAGUUUUGCAUUGAUGUCUGACUGCCACUCCUUUCUUUCAAGGACAGUGUUUUUUGUAGUAAAAUCACUGGUUUAUACAAAGCUUUAGUGAGGGGUGAAGUGAAGCUACUAAACCCCGUUUUGGCUGCUGCUGUGGAAAUGCUGUGCUUUGAGAGUAAACACAGAGAACACACACACACGCACGCACGCACACACAUAUUUUUGUCUUAAAGAAUUUUUAAAAAACGAGUUAGUCAUGAGACUUUUUCAUCUUUCCAGGGAACAUAUUGAUUGGUCUUAAAUACUAGACAGUUAAGUAAAUGGUGGCUGGAACAUCUAUUUUUCUACAAAACCGGAAAAAUGAACCUGGUUCUACAAGAAUGUACAACAAAAUAAAACAUGUGAAGCAGUGUUGA